CUGGGUACCCUCAAGGCGCCGUCCACCUUUUCUCGCCGUGACCCAGCUCUGUUCUUCUCCGUUCUCUGGGUACCCUCAAGCAAGGUUGUGUGGUUGUCCUUUGAUCAAGUGUUGACGGUGAUUUCUCAGAAGAACCAUUCGCAGAGGCUCACCAAGCACCAGAGCAAGAUGAAUGAAAACAGUAAUAUUGAAGCAGCAGGGAUGUCCGCUAGCACUCAACCAUCUUCUCCACCGUCAAGUGUUCGUAAGAAUCGGUCAGCUGUCUGGGAUCAUUUUGAUGUAGAGAAUGCUAUCGAGAAGAAGGCUAAAUGCAAAUAUUGUGGUAGCUUAAUACAAUAUGGGAAUGGAACUAGCUCAAUGGGUGGUCAUUUGAGAAGAUGCAAGCAAAAUCCUAAUAAUGAUUCGAACAAAAGAAGAAAAACGACGACCACACCGACUAUAGAUGAGCGUGGUGUUUUAAAUUCACCCAGUGCUUCCAAAUUUGACCAAGAGGAGGCUCGAAGGGCACUUGUGGAAAUGUUUAUUGGGGAAGAGCUACCAUUUCGCUUCGUUGAAAGCCCGAAAUUCCGAAAAUUUGUGCAUGCUCUACAAGCAAGAUUCAAAGUUCCUUCACGGACUACAUUAGCACGUGACAUUGGAGCUCUUUAUGCUGAAGAGAAGAUGAAGUUGCAAGAUUUUCUUUCGACAAAUUGUGGUAGAGUAUGUCUAACCACUGACACUUGGACUUCAAUUCAAAAUUUUACUUAUAUGAGUUUGACAGCACACUUUGUUGAUUUGGAUUGGAAAUUACAUAAAAAAAUACUUAAUUUUUGUCAAGUGACAAGUCAUUCAGGAGAGGUUAUAGGAGCAACAAUUGAAUCUUGUUUAAAUAAUUGGAAUUUGAAUCGGGUCUUUAGUGUGACAGUUGAUAAUGCCUCAUCUAACGAUGUUGCAAUUAAAUAUCUGAAGCAGCGAUUGAAUUCUUGGAAUAGCAUUAUUUUGAAUGAGGGGUUGAAAGAGAUUGAUGAAUCAGUCUUGAGGAUUCGUAGUGCAAUAAAGUAUGUUAGAUCUUCUCCAUCUAGAGCUAGUAGGUUUCAAAAGUGUGUUGAACUAGAAAAAAUCCAAUAUAAAGGCUUGCCUUGCAUGGAUGUUGAGACUAGGUGGAACUCUACUUAUCAAAUGUUAGAGGUAGCUUUGAAGCAUCGCAAAGCAUUUGAGUUGCUUGCUUUGAAAGAUAAUACCUAUAUAGGAGAGAUGAAUGGAGGAAAAGGGAAAGGUGUUCCUUCUGAUUCAGACUGGGAGUAUGCUGAGUCCAUUGUACCAUUUUUGCGAGUGUUCAGUGAUGCCAUUAUACGUGUUUCUGGUACCUUAUAUGUUACCAGUGAUAUGUAUAUGAAGGAAGUAUUUUCAAUUGGACGAUUUAUUCGUCAUUCUUGUGAUUCUGUUGAUUUUAGUACUAUGUCAAUGGCAGAAAGGAUGAGGGUUAAGUAUGAGAAGUAUUGGGGCAAUCCUGAUUCGGUGAAUAUGUUGUUAUUGAUUGCUAUCGUACUUAAUCCAAUGCAAAAGAUUGAGUAUGUCAAUUAUUUCUUGGAUUACUUCUUUGGAGAAGAAAAAGGAGGCGAAUUGAAGUCAAAGUUGUCCAAGUGCAUAAAGUUACUUUAUCAGCAAUACCAAAGUUCUGAGGAAGCAAGUGAAGCUGAUACGCAAGAUGUUCAAGCCAACAACAUUAAUACCGAUCUUCAUGGCAUGGGCUUUUUUCUGCAAGCAACCGGUCGCAGAACAAAUACAAGAUCUGAACUUGAUAGAUAUUUACAAGAAGAAUGUGAGCCAUACUCCCAUAAGUUCGAUAUACUAAACUGGUGGAAGGUCAACUCAACCCGAUUUCCAAUUCUUGGAAAUAUGGCUCGUGAGGUAUUGGCUAUACCUGUUUCUACGGUAGCUUCGGAGUCAGCAUUUAGUACUGGAGGAAGAGUCCUUGAUCCAUACCGCAGUUCUUUAACACCUAGAAUGGUAGAAGCCUUAGUCUGCACAGGAGAUUGGCUUAAGGAAGAUCUUUUCUCUGCUUUAGAUGAUGAUGGUGAAGUUCUUCAACAAGUUGAUCAAGAUAUAUUUUCCUCUAAUGAUGGUGCUUGUUCUAUGGCGGCAUCAAUUGAUAAUCUUGAUGAUGACUAG